AAGCGGGUCUUUCCAACCCAAAUUCAUUUUACUCAUUCCUGAUUUUAUGUCCAGAGAACCAUCUAGCUUCAGAGAGACAGCGACCAUGGACUCGAACAAAGCUGGUGAAGACGAGUGGGCCCAGAAAGCUUGGGCCCUCCUAUCAUCAGUGAGAGAACGAUCUCCGCUCAUCCAGUGUAUCACUAACUUCGUCUCCAUGGAUCUGACGGCAAACACUCUUUUGGCCGCUGGCGCAUCGCCGGCCAUGGUGCACUGCCUGCAGGAGAUUCCGGACUUCACCCCAGAGGUCCACGCGCUCUACAUUAACGUCGGCACACUCACCGCUGACUGGCUGUCAGCGAUGAAGGCCGCCGUCGAAAUCGCCGUGCGGCUGGAGAAGCCCUGGGUUCUUGACCCGGUUGCCGCCGGAGCUUCGGGGUUCCGCUUGCAGGCCUGUCUUGAGCUUGUUGGGCUCCGGCCCGCAGUUAUUAGAGGAAACGCGUCCGAGAUUAUCGCGCUUUCGGAGUCCGCAGUGGGAAGCGGUAAGGGUGUAGACAGUUCCCAUGAAUCGACAGAUAUUGUGGAAGCAGCCAAGUCCUUGGCUGAUUCUACUGGUGCCAUAGUUGCAGUGUCAGGAGCUGUUGAUGUUAUUACAGAUGGACAGAGAGUUGUUGGUGCUCGCAAUGGUGUGGACAUGAUGCAACGAAUUACAGCUACAGGAUGUUCAGUCACAGCCCUCAUCACUGCUUUGGUUGCUGUUGACCCAGUUCAUGCUUUUGAAGCUGCAGCUUCGGCAUUGUCCAUAUUUGGUGUUGCUGGUGAGAUAGGGAUGAAAAUGGCUAAGGGUCCAGCUUCAUUGCGUAUGCACCUCAUAGAUUCUUUGCAUGGGCUUGAUCAAGCAACUAUACUUCAUCGCAUUAACAUCACCAGCUUGUGAUGAAUUAUGAGGAGUUUAUGAGUGGUAUGUUAAUUGACAUCCUUCCUGUUUGGUUUACAGUGCUAAUUCUCUGUAUCAAGUAAGUUGUAGUGUUGUACUCAUAGUUUGUCAUGAACUUUUCUACAUACAAAUAAGCAGUCUCAAACAUCAGGGGCUACUUUCAACCUGAAACUCAGUAUGAUAUAUUCCUUGUCUA